CACACACACACACACACACACACACACACCCCCCUCCACUGGUGUGAACUCUUCACACUUUUUAACAUUUUGCAAAUUUUUUUUCUCCUUCUACAUUCAAUUGUUUUUCAUAACACACUCAUGAAGUGUCCACGCCCUCUAAUAUAUAUAUAUAUAUAUAUAUAUACUAUAUACUCAGCAAUUUAUAUCCAAAAGAGUUGGAUGUAUCAUGUUGAAGAACACUAGUCCCCAAAACUUCACCAUGGAGGUCACAGUCAUAUCAGCUGAAGGUCUCAAGAAAACGCCCUCCUCAGCCGCAGCUCUCUUCUUCUCCCGCCGUCUCAGACCCUUUGUCACCCUCACUCUCCCACCAUUUUCAUGCUCCACCACCACCACCACCACAACCACAACCACCACCAACACCAACGGUGAUAAGCUCAGCCACGUGUACAAAACAAGAAUUGAUGAUCAAGGAGGCAUAAACCCUACUUGGGGUGACAAGUUCCACAUACCCAUCACUGAUUCCACCUUCUUCCAUCAAAGACACUACUCCUUCAUAUACCUCCAAUUGUACAACAAACAUGUCAUGGUGGGUCAGACUCAACUGGGUUGGUGUCAGAUUCCGGCGGCCGAUAUUUUAGAUGGGUUGUCACCGGCGGGGACUGUUCGCCGCCUGAGUUACCGGCUACGGAGCAGAGACGGUUCGAGGGCUCAUGGGGUUGUUAAUGUUGCAGUGAAGUUGGAGGGCUCUGUUUCUUUAACGAGGCAACAAAAUCGUGAUCUGACACAGUCGCCAGAGAUGGGUUUGUGUCAGCCUGUGAUGGGUAUUCCGGUGGCUACGUCGCCGGCGGAGUCGGGUGUGCGUGUGUGAAGAGCAGUUGUUGAGUGUGUGUUCCAACUUGCAAGGGAGUUGAGGUGUCAACGUGUGAGCAAAAAGUGGGCCAUGGUACACGAUUGGACGAAUCCAACGGUUUGGAUACGCUAAUGAAUCAUUACUUACGAGUAAGUUUUUUUUUUUUUUUGGUCAUAUUUGAUAGGAUGUUGGUAGGGAGAUUGGCGUCCGGAUCCUCUAGAGUUAGUCUCUAGAGUGAUCUCCUGAAGUGGAUGAUCGAACGGAUGUGCAUCAGCCUCACCAAAACGACGUCGUUUUGGUGAGGAUUUUCCAAAAAAAAAAAAAAAAAAAAAAAAA